UUUGCCUUUUCUAGGGCAGCUCCCACGGCAUAUGGAGGUUCCCAGGCUAGGGGUCGAAUCGGAGCUGUAGCUACCGGCCUAUGCCAGAGCCACAGCAAUGUGGGAUCCGAGCCACGUCUUCGACCUAAACCACAGCUCACGGCAACACUGGAUCCUUAACCCACUCAGCAAGGGCAAGGUUCGAACCCGCAAUCUCAUGGUUCCCAGUCAGAUUCGUUAACCACUGUGCCACGACAGGAACUCCAGAUUGGGCACUUCCAUAAAAUAUAUAUGAAUACAUAUACAACAGUACAAGGCCCCAAUAUUUAUUAGAACCAAAGACAUAAAAUUAGUGUAACUAAUUGUUACAAAGUUUCUAAAUUCUUACUCUCAUUUCUGUAAAUGCCUUGUCUUGGACCAGUAACAGUGUUUUCAGACUGGCAGUGGCCUCUGGCCCAUACUUUUAGUGGCAUUGCUCUAGAGCACUGACAAAAAUCAGACUUCUGAAUCUGAAGGGCUGAGGUCAGGGCCUGGAACUUGGGGAGUCAACUGAGGGGUUGCUCUUGAUCCCAAGUCAUUAGUUGGCCACCUAGUGACAACUUAGUGUCACUUUCUAAAUUAAAAACCACCCAAUGGUCUUGUCUCUAGAGUCUUUGAUGCCAAUUCUUUAAUAUGGCAUCAAAGACUGGUCCCACAACUUUUUGGUCUUAUUUUCCACCAUUCUUUAAUCCAGCAGACUUGCACUGUUCCGCAUAGCAAUAACUAGCCACAAGUGGCAACUGAGCAUGUGAAAUGCAGCUAAUUUAGGAACUGAAAUUUUACUAUGAACUUUAAAAAAAAAUCUUGGGAGUUCCUGAUGUGGUGCAGUGGGUUAAGCAUCCAGCAUUGCCACAGCUGUAGCUUUGAUUCAGAUCCCUAGCCUGAGAACUUCCAUUCGCCUGGGGAUGUGACCCAGAACAAACAAACAGACACAUAAUUCAAUUACUGCAAAACUUAAAAUAUAUUUGGAAUGACCUGGGAUUAUAACCAAUUUUUUCAAUUGUAAAUUUUAUAAAUUUUGAAUGAUUGAGAUACACUAUAAAUGUAAAAGACACACCAAAUUUUGAACACUUACUUAGUAAUGAGAAAAGAAUACAAAACAUUUAAAAAUAUUUAAUACUUUUAAUAUCAAUCACAUAUAAAAUACUACUUUGGACAUAUUGGGUUAAAUAAAAAAAUUACUUUUCCUCUCUCUUUCCUUUUCUUCUUGGCUGCGCUUGCUGUAUGCAGAAAUUUCCAGGUCAGGAAUCAAACCCAUGCCACGGCAGUGACAACUUCAGAUCCUUAACUCACUGAGCCACCAGGAAACUUUAAAAAAUUAUUUUUAAUUUAUUUUUGGUUCUUUUAGUUUUUAAAUGUGGCUACUAUAAAAUUACAUAUUUGGUUUGCAUUUUAUUUAUAUAUUUAGAUUGGCCUAGACAAUCAUGACCCAAGUCUAGGAAUCACUCUUGAUUCUCCCGUUUCUGUUUGAUUCAUCAACAAUAUAGCUCAGUUCUAAUCACAAAAUGUAUCUUCAAUCCAUCCACUCUAUUUCCACUCCAAACUCAAUGGCAUUCUCUUUGCUCUCAAAAGCUAAUUUCUGCAUGUGGCACUGAAAGCCUUUAUGAUUAGACCCCUUCAGACAUCUCUCUGGACACUUCUGAAAGAGCAUCCUCUUCACUCAACAAUCUCUUCAGAGUUUACCUCCUAACCUUUGUAUUUAUUGCUCCCUCUGGAAGGUCCUUCCCCAAAUCCCUUACUAAAGCUAAUUGCUUCUCCAGUCCCAUUCCAUGCCUCCCUCACAGAUAAGGGAUUCCCCCUGUAUGAAAUUUCACAGCAUUCAGCAUUUACCCUCAUUAUAUUACAGAUGAUGCCUAUUUACUUGUCCUCAUUCUGCAGCAUAAGAUCAAUGAGGGCAAGGAUUCUGUAACUAUUAGCUGAAUGUUUACUCAGUGUUUAAAGCACAUAAGUAUCCAAAAAAAGCAAUGAAAAAAAGAGUAAGAGUUCCUAUGUCAUUCACUUUACUUCUAUUUUAGGCACAACGCUUCAUUAAGUUAACAAAGACUUUACAAAUAUUUACAUCAAUAUCACAAAAAGGGUAAAGGGAGAAAGAACGUUUUUCUGAGGCCACCCAAAAUCAGUGAGCAUGUAUUUUGUUUGUAAACUCUUCUAGAUUAAAACCUUGGGGCUGUCUCACAUAUUCCCCAUUCCUGGAGAUACAAUGCCAAAAACUGUAAGGUUACAAGGUUGGAAAUAGUCAUUUUCAGCCUCUUCUCAUAAAAAACGUAUCAGUAUGGUGGGUUUUUUAGCCAAUCAUCAAAGUAAAUUAAACUCAUAAGACUUUCUUAAAAAAUAAAAAAAAAAACCUCUUUCUUUGCAAAUCAUUAUCCCCAAAUAAAACUUUUGCUACUUAAUACAAGAGAACAAAAAUCUUCACAUUCCAGCCAUUGAAAAACAAGAUUUCUACCUCUGAGGUGAAAGGUAGUCCAAGGGAAUUCGGCAAGCAGCUAUUGGUUUCUACAAAGUAUAAGGCACCAUCAGAAUGCUUAAAAAAAAAAAAAAAAAAAGAAAAAGAAAGUGUGGGAGAGGCCUGCAGGAAUAUGUACGUUUUCGUCAAGAACUUGACUGUUCAGUUCAUGUGAAGUGGAAAAAGAACAUCUGUAGUUCCUCCCCUUGUACCUUAAGAGCGACUUCUGUUCCAGUCAGCCUAGUUGAAUCUAGGGCCACUUCAAGUUAAAUCCUAGGCUCCUGGCUGCCCUUCCGUCUCCCAGGACUCUGCUAGAUGGCUCAACUUAAUCUCAAAAGAGUCAGGAUUCCCCGUCUCUCUGUGUUCAAGUCGGAGAGAUAAGGUAAGCGCAGGGACUUCACUCGCCCACACCUAGUCCCCGCAGAAACAGGCGGGAAGGCUAAGCUGCCGGCCCUACAGCUCCGCCGCGCACAUGGCGGUCCGCAGCGCCCACCCCCGUGCCGCGCAGGCGCCGGGCGAGCCGGGACUUGCGGUCGCUGACAGCGGAUCAUUCCGCCGCUUUCUUUGUGUGUCCGAACCUCCAGAAAUGGCAUUUUCCCUUCCCCUUUGUUAAAAAAAAAAUCAGACUCUUUCGUCCUCUUCCUCCCGCUAGAAUGGGAUCGGGGAGUGGGUGGGAAAGGGAUCUGCUGACGAGGGUAGGGCGGAAAGGCUCAGGCGAGGGAUUGACGAGGGCCGGGUUCGGGAGGGAUGCUGGGAGCUUUGACUCACUCGCACACCAUGUGUCCCUCCGCGCGCAGCACGGGGGACUUUUCGGUGGGGAUUUUGGGCGCCGACCAGACGCGGCAUUUUCGGAAAAUAGCGCCCUGUGCAGCUGAAGCGCUUUGUGUGUAGCGGGGCCGCGUCAGCCCGGCCGGGUACGAGGCGCCUCAGGUCCCCUAACCACCUCCUGCUGCUCCCCCGUCGCCGCUCCCGAAGCUUUUCCAGGCUCUGACCUUCCUGCUUCCUUCUUAUAAAGACCCUUGUGAUUACAUUAGGAUCACCUGGACAAUCCAGAUAAUCUUCCUAUCUCAAGAGCCUUAAGUUAAUUAAUCACAUCUGCAAAGUCCCUUUUUCCAGAUGUCCCUGGUAGAUUUGGGAAAGAAGCUUUUAGAAGCAGCACGAGCAGGUCAAGAUGAUGAAGUUCGUAUUUUGAUGGCUAAUGGAGCUCCUUUUACUACAGACUGGCUGGGAACUUCUCCACUUCAUUUGGCAGCACAGUACGGGCAUUAUUCCACCACAGAAGUACUACUUCGAGCUGGUGUAAGUAGGGAUGCCAGAACCAAAGUUGACCGCACGCCACUGCAUAUGGCAGCUUCUGAGGGCCAUGCCAGCAUAGUAGAGGUUUUGCUUAAGCAUGGUGCUGAUGUCAAUGCCAAGGACAUGUUGAAGAUGACAGCUCUACAUUGGGCCACAGAACAUAAUCAUCAAGAAGUGGUGGAACUUUUAAUCAAAUAUGGUGCUGAUGUACACACGCAAAGUAAAUUUUGUAAAACUGCAUUUGAUAUUUCAAUAGACAAUGGGAACGAAGAUUUAGCAGAGAUACUACAGAUUGCUAUGCAGAACCAAAUCAACACAAACCCAGAGAGUCCCGACACUGUGACGAUACAUGCCGCCACACCGCAGUUUAUCAUUGGACCUGGAGGGGUGGUGAACCUAACAGGUCUGGUAUCUUCAGAAAAUUCAUCCAAGGCAACAGAUGAGACGGGUGUAUCUGCUGUUCAGUUUGGAAACUCCUCCACAUCAGUAUUAGCUACACUAGCUGCCUUAGCCGAAGCAUCUGCUCCGUUGUCCAAUUCUUCAGAAACUCCAGUAGUGGCUACAGAGGAAGUAGUUACUGCAGAAUCUGUGGAUGGUGCAAUUCAGCAAGUAGUUAGUUCAGGGGGUCAACAGGUCAUCACGAUAGUUACAGAUGGAAUUCAGCUUGGAAAUUUGCACUCCAUUCCAACCAGUGGAAUAGGUCAGCCCAUCAUUGUGACCAUGCCAGAUGGACAACAAGUAUUAACAGUACCAGCAACAGACAUUGCUGAAGAAACUGUCAUAAGUGAAGAACCACCAGCCAAGAGACAAUGUAUCGAAAUAAUUGAAAACCGGGUGGAGUCUGCAGAAAUAGAAGAGAGAGAAGCUCUUCAGAAACAGCUGGAUGAAGCUAAUCGAGAAGCACAAAAAUAUCGACAGCAGCUUCUAAAGAAAGAACAGGAAGCAGAGGCCUACAGACAGAAGUUAGAAGCCAUGACUCGUCUUCAGACUAAUAAAGAAGCUGUUUAACUGAAGUGAACAUGUAGUUUGAGUUUACUUUUGGUCAAGGAAGAAUACAAUAUUGAACUGUACAUGAUAAGGUGCAGUCAUGGGAAGACAGGAUAAUAGGAGAGACUGCAGAUUGAUAAUUGGACUUAAGCCAUGAGCUCUGAAUUCUUGUAACAUAAAACUUUACUAUAGAAGUUGUUAAAUGUAUUUAAAACUGAAUUCUGUAAAUAGUUUUUCUUUUUUUUUUUUUUUUUACAGUUCCAAAUGAGUUGAUAAAGAUUGUUGAAGAGAUCCAAAAACUCAAGAAGCCACUGUUUUUGUGAAUUCUUUUUGAUUUUAGUACAAACCUUAAUUUCUCAGAAACAGAACAGUUUUAAGGGUGAUCGUUGUUGAUUAGACCAAAUGUUGUGUAAUAAUUAUGUGGUGGACUGAUGCUGGAAUUACUCCUGUAGGUAUAAACUUCUAUCUGAAGAGAAGAUUUCUCCCAGGAAGUCUUUGUACAGCUUUAAGUUGUCUCAGAUUCUCUGAAAACAUUUUUUAGAAAGCAAAUUUUUAUAUUUGUUCAAUUUCAGCUAUACCCAAGUAGAUUUACAUGUAUAUGGAGCAAAUAUUUUUAAAACUUUCUGUUUGUACAUAUUCUGCAUGUUUUAUAAUUUCAAAAUGCAUCACUUGCAUAGGUAUUUUUCCCAUAAAAGAUGAUGAAAGUUACUUGGAAAAAAAGAAACCCUUUUAUUGUAUAGGUCAUUGAAUCUAAGUAAGCUAGCGGCUGUUUUUAUUGGAAUGACAAUGUUCUUGGAAGGAGCAGCUUACAAGAUACCUUGAAUUUGCAAACUGCAAAGUCUUUGCUUAUUUGAAAAUUUCAUAGUGGGGACGUGAAACUGUAUUCUGUGCCUUCCAUCAUGAUUUCCACAUGAAAGCACUUCAAGGCACUGGAUUUUAAGAUAAUGUUUUUGGAAAACUCAGAGCAUAUAGGUUUCUGAAAUAUCUCAUGGACUCCCCCCCUUCCCCCAUGAAAUUAUUCUUAUGGAAAAAAAUUGCUUUUUUGUAUGUAGAAUAAGAAGUUUUGUACUACAGUGAUGCUAUAGAUACGUCUAACAUAACUUUUACUUUUCCCUGUGAAAGCUGUAUGUCUGUGCUGUGACUGGCGCUCAUUGCAAUAUUGUUGAAUUCCACAAUGUAUGGAUAUUAAACUCUGACAUACUGUCCCUUUUUUGUAAAACAUAAUUUCAGGCCCUUUUUUCUUGUUUUAUUUUUUAAUGUUUUAUUGCUUUAUGAAAAUGUUUAACCCUAAAACCCUUCUAGAUUACCAAUACUGUAUAAAGAAGCAAUUACCCUUAAAACUGUACUCUGGCCUACUUUUCUAUUUUACAAUUAAAUAUCUUUUCCACAUA